CUGUAGAUUUACCUUCAUGUCGUCAUGGAAACGUUUCAAUCUGUUCACAGGUCUCUGAUUGGCUGAAAACAUCCUGAAAACAGGAAGGAAAUAACAUCAGUUUCAUCUCAGCAGAGAAACUCAGCAACGCUUCAGGGAGGAGGACGUCUACUGUCAUCGCCAUGGCAACCUCAUCACAGCCAAUCAGCUUUGGCUACGAAAAGUUAUCUGUUGCUCUGCUGAACAUCAAUGGUCUGAGAAACAAGAUUGAUCAAAUUCAAGACGUAAUUAAACAUUGUAAGCUCCAUGUUGUGGCUCUGUGUGAAACCAAACUGGACCCUUCAGUCGAUACCAGUCACGUUUAUAUUCCAGGUUUCAGGAUGUGGAGGAGAGACAGAAACGAGAAGGGAGGAGGAGUCUUUCUGUACGUUCAGGAUCAUAUUGAAGCUAGAUCAAGGCCUGACUUGAUGAAUCCUCAAAUUGAGAUCAUUUGGGUUGAGAUGAAGCUUCUUGACAAACCAGUAUUACUGGGGUGUUGUUACAGAAGCCCAAAAAGUAAACCACCAAAUUUGAAUCAAAUCCAUGAGAUGAUGACUCGGGUGUCAGGAGAGAAUAAAGACAUUUUCCUGAUGGGUGACUUUAACAUUGACUGGUUCUCAGACUCUAAGAGAAAAAAAACUGCUGAUGUUAUAUCUCGACUGGGUUGGUCUCAGAUCGUUAAAGAUGCUACCAGGGUGGAAGGAGGAUCAGUAAAAUGCAUUGAUCACAUUUAUACAAAUAUUCCAGAUCUUUGCUCAGCAUCAACUGGACCACGUUGCAGUGAUCAUAACCUUGUUACUGUCACAGUUAGAAGAUAUAUUCCUCAGAGGAUCAGAAGAUCUAACAUUUGUAGUAAAAAAAGAUUUAAGAAUGAUAUGAAGAGGGCAAUGGAAAAAGUCUGUGAAGAACUUGAUCCUAAGAAAGCUCAGGACAAGUUUACUGACAUUUUUCUCUCUGUAGCAGAUAAAUAUGCCCCAUUAGAAAGCCAAGAUAUAUAUGGUUCACUGACGGUGGAUGAGAAGACGAAGACACUAAUGUACCAAAGACAUAAAGCAAAAGAGCAUAUAAUAAACAAAAGACAUAUUGUAGUUUGCGAGUAUAAAGAGGAUAUUCCCAGGUUAGGUGAAGGAGAAGAAACAGAGCAGGAAAAGCAGCACGGUUUGAACAACAGUGAGGAAAGGCAGAUGGGUUGUUUUCAGCAGCAACCUGAAGAAGCUCCUAAACAGUUUUUUGGAAAACGUUUGUGUUUGUAUGUGAUCAACCUAACCCCUGAAGAAGAUAUAACCUCAGAAACGGAGCAAAUCCAUCAAACCAACACCAGAACUACAGAUGUAGAAUCUGUCUCUGAAUGUUUUCAGGCUGAGCAAAUCAUACAAAUAAAACCAGAUGCAUUUAGCUUUGGAGAGAUUGAUGCUGACACAGUGCAGAAAUUGCUGGUGUAUCUCUGUGAUCAUGUGAUUCAUGUAAAAGAUCAAACUGAGGCUGAACUGAUGAAACUUGCAGCUGAUCACAUCUCUGCUCCCAUCUGUCACAUCCUGAACAGAUGUCGCCUCACUAAACUGAUGCCUGAUGAUCUGAAAAACAUCAAAACUUUCCCAUUUUCAGGAAGCCAACAGAACGGAGCUGAUAAUGUCCACGUCAUGUUAGGCUUCAUCUAUCACAUCAUUAUUUCCCUGCGGAUCACACACUGCUCUCAAUAAUCUGAUUCU